AUAUUGAAUAAUUUAAAUACCAACGACAUUUUGACUCGGAUAUUGGAAAUAACUUAGUUCAUAUGUAAAUAUUUUUCCAUGCAUGCAUUCCGUGCAUGUUAUGUAUUGAUAACAGUUUUACCUUGCAGUACCCUAAAUUAGUUUUUACGGACCUUGUAUCGUAUCUUGAUGUUUAGAUUAAUAUCUGAUUGUGACGACAAGAGAUGUACCGGGAAUGGAUGAAUUUGAGUGCCUACACGGUUUAUUGAUUGUUUAAAUCAAGAAAAAUCUUCUAUAUUACUUACCUAUACAUACUCGGUUGUCUUUAUCUCUUGCACGUGUCGUAUCCAAGAUAAUUUUAACAAUUUAUUGAUUUUUUGAAUAGUUUCGUUUUCAGGCACCUAUAAAUAUAAUAACAAUUAGUAAGUUAUUCUUUCAGUCAUAAGUCUUUGUGGUCUUGAAAUGAUAUCGUGUAUACUGGUUUUAGGAUGUUUGUCUGCGCUUGCGCCGGUCUGGUGUGUGACGCCGCUGUCUCGCUUCGCUAUCGACGAGCAAUUCAACUACUUUAUACAACAUCACAAUAAAGUGUAUCAUGAUUUUCAAGAACGAGAAUAUAGGUUUAAUAUAUUCAUGGAAAACCUGCAAAGACUUAACGAAAUGGGUCGAUUUCAUCAUCAACAUUCUUUUGACUUUACUCCAUAUAUGGAUCAUACACUUGAAGAGUUUUUGAUGACGCAUUCUGGUUUGAUAGUCAACGAGUCUAUUGCUCUCUGCAAUAGGCUUACUGAUAGAAAUAUUCCCAAUAUCAAUGCACCACCCAGCCAUGAUUGGACGAAAUACAAUGUCGUGACACCUGUGAAGGAUCAGAAGGAUUGCAAUUCUUGUUACGCGUUUAGUGCAACCGGGAACAUCGAAGGACAGUUUGCUAUGGUAUAUAAGAAGCUCUUGGUAUUAUCCGAGCAACAAAUUGUGGACUGUGACAAACGCUCACACGGCUGCCGCGGAGGAUACAUGAAUAACGCCUUCAGUUCUCUCAUGGAGUUAGGUGGUUCCGAGCUGGAGGCAGAUUACCCAUAUCGUCAACAUAAUCCUCAUCCACAAUGUCUACUGCCUUCAAAUCGUCUUAGGGUAAAGAUAAUUGGCUGCGAUUCAUACCGACUUUCCUCUCAAGAGAAACUUAAGCAGCUAUUGUAUCACCGAGGGCCGCUCAGUGUAGCCAUGAAAUCAGAAGUUCUACAUAUGCAGAACUAUAAGGGUCAAAUCAUCCCAGAUAAAUAUUGUACUGGCGAAGUAAAUCAUGGAGUUCUUCUUGUUGGAUAUGGAGAAGAAAACGGCAUCAAGUACUGGCUUUUGAAAAACUCUUGGGGAACCUCGCAGGGUGACCAAGGGUACUUCAGGCUGGAGCGAGGUGAAGGGCUGGAGUCCUGUGGCAUGAUGACUGUUUUUAUAUCAUCAGCUAUCGUUGGAUAACUGAUACUCCUUGGAUUUCCAAAAUGUAAAAAUAAAACCGAUGAAUCAAAAUGGUGUUCUGUUUAUUUUUGAACUAUCCUUUUCGGAGUUUCCUUUAUUGUGGUUCUGUAUUUAUUAUCAAAUUUAAAUUCAUCAAUUCCAGCAAAAAGUAAUUUAAUCAAUAAUUCAGCCGAUUUAUGUCCACUGCUUAACAUGGCUUCGCCUUUAAAAAUAUUGAACUCAGAAUAUUGGAUUUUAUGCUGAGAAGAGAACUGAAAAU